CGACACUUCAUGAAUAUGAGACGGUACAAAUGGGAAAAUUUCGAAAAAUUCGCGCUAUUGAUGUGGAAGAAUGUGCUACUGCAAUGGAGACAUCCAGUGCAAACCGUCGUGGAAAUUACGGCACCCAUUGUGUUCACGCUAAUAUUGGUGAUUUUUCGAUCUCUGGUUAGUCCCGAGCAAUACCCCGCGUCGUCUUUUCUCCCGUUUCAAACAAAAACGGGGAGUCCACCGGCCAGUAAAUCUAUAAUAAUGUGGUCCCCGAAGAAUCCAUAUUUGACCAAGAUUAUGGAUGAAACUGUGAAGGGGUUGAAUGAGGCGAAUAACGUGAGGUUUUUUAAGCACGUCAGUUAUGAUGACUCGGACGCGUUGAACGACGAAUUACACAAUGGGCUCAGGCUUAAUUUGUUUGCCGGUGUGAUUUUUGACGACAGAUUUUCCGGAAAUGUAGAAAUGAUGCAGAACCUUUCCUUUAUAUUCAGGUUUCCAGGAGAAGUUGGUCAGUUUAUGAGCUGGAAAACGGAUGAGAUAUUUCCAGUUUACUACACCCCUGGCCUAAGAUCGCCGACGCUCAACGAGGGUGGACCACCAAGCUACCGCGAUGAAGGUUUUCUAAUGCUCCAAGAACAACUAUCUUUGUCAGUUAUAAAUCACUACAAGGAAACCAUCAAUGGAACCUCUUACAAUCGAUCAUCGACUCCGAUCUUUAUGCAGAGAUUUCCAUAUCCUAAAUACACAACUGAUUUAUUGCUGUCGUCGCUUGACAUCUUCAUUGGAAUUGUAUUUAUGGUCAGUUUCGUAUAUCCGUGUAUAAAUACCGUCAGGAUUAUUGCUACUGAGAAAGAGAAGCAGCUGAAGGAAGCCAUGAAAAUUAUGGGAUUGCCAAACUGGUUGCAUUGGACAGCGUGGUUUUGCAAGUCUUUAAUCAUGAUGCUGAUAUCUUUAAUAUUAAUGGUCGCCUUAUUAAAAGCUCCUUGGUAUCCUGGCACUGAAUUCACUAUAUUUACAUUUUCAAACCCAAUCAUACUGUUCAUCUUCUUGGUGUUGUUCGCGUGCUCGUUGAUCACGUUUAGUUUUGCUGUGAGUGCGAUGUUUUCUAAAGCCAACACGGCGGCCACUUUCGCCGGUAUUGCUUGGUUUAUGUUGUAUGCACCAUAUAUGGCCUUUCAGUACAAAUACGACGAACUCUCACUGGCGGAAAAAUUACUCGCGUCAUUGUGUUCCAAUUCCGCCUUGGCGUUAGGCAUGAAAUUGAUCGUCAAAAUGGAAAGUGCCGAGAUAGGUUUGCAAUGGUAUACCAUUUGGACACACGUUCAAGGAGAUGAUCUCCUGUUUGGAUACGUCCUAAUUAUGCUUGCAAUUGACGCGGUGCUGUACCUUCUGAUAGCGCUUUAUGUGGAAUCGGUUUUCCCAGGUGACUACGGUAUAGCGCAACCGUGGUACUUUCCGUUCCUUCCUUCCUAUUGGUUUGGAUCUUCGGUUUGCGAAAGUUACCAAGAAUGUAAACCUCUAAGUCCGAAUGCAAACCACGAAAAGGAACCUACGCAUCUGCACCCUGGUAUCCAAAUUAAGGCGAUAGGAAAAGUAUAUUCGAAUAAAAAAGUAGCCGUCGACGGGUUUUCUCUUAACAUGUACAGGGAUCAAAUUACAGUGCUGUUGGGUCAUAACGGCGCAGGUAAAACUACUCUAAUGUCAAUGUUAACCGGAAUGAUACCACCCACCAGUGGAACUGCAACGAUAGGAGGUUACGACAUUAGAAACAAUAUCAAAGGGGUCCGCAACAGUCUUGGGAUAUGUCCACAGCACAACAUUCUCUUUGAUGAACUAACCGUUGAGGAGCAUCUCUAUUUUUAUAGCAAGUUAAAGGGGGUGACACGGACAGAGGUUAAUAAAGAAAUCGAAAAAUACAUAGGGUUGUUAAAACUCACAGACAAGACCAAAACGCUUGCUGGUCAACUGUCUGGAGGAAUGAAAAGGAAGCUAUCUGUCGGUGUGGCCCUAUGCGGUAACUCCCGGGUGGUUAUGUGUGAUGAGCCAACGGCUGGAAUGGAUCCGUCAGCUAGACGAGCGUUGUGGGAUUUGUUGUUGAAGCAAAAGAAAGAUAGAACCAUACUACUAACCACUCACUUUAUGGACGAGGCCGACUUACUUGGAGAUCGGAUCGCUAUAAUGGCAGGUGGCAAAUUGGAGUGUAGUGGGUCCAGCUUCUUCUUAAAGAAACAGUACGGCGCCGGUUAUCAAUUAAUAUUGGACAAAUCGCCUGAAUGCAACAUUGAAUCUGUAACGGCGCUCUUAGGCAAAUACAUACCGAAUAUAACCGCCACUAGCAAUAUUGGAUCGGAAUUAACCUACAUACUAAACGAGUCGUACAACAACGUUUUCGAAAGCAUGCUGGGCGAGCUCGAGCAAAAAAGCGUCGGUUUAGGUGUGCGCAGUUAUGGCGUGUCACUAACAACUUUGGAAGAAGUGUUUAUGAAGGUAGGAGCUGACCAUAGCCAAGCCGAAGUGAAAAAUGCACCUGAAGAAACAAAGCCGUCUCCCCUCGAUGUAAGCUUCCACGUAAGUGGCACAAAUGAAAAAAAGUUAGACGCCGAGUUUUUAACGGGAUUUGCCUUGUGGUUAAACCAAAUCAACGCAAUGUUCAGGAAACGAGGCCUAUCAAUUCUAAGAUCUUGGUUGCUAUUUAUAAUCCAAAAUUCCAUUCCGGUGGUCUUUCUGGUGCUGACUGUGAUCAUCGCAAUGAAAAUAUCAAAGUCCCCGGAUCAACCUAUGAUCAGAAUCAGAUUAAACCGUUAUAUCAAUCCGAUCACUACAAUGAGCCGUCACCACGCAAGUCCUCACUCACAGAGCUUCCUCCAUAUGCUGGCCAACGAUAAAUAUAUUGUCCGCAACUGGGAGAACGUCACGGAUAUGGAAUUCUCCGAAAAGAUGAUCGAAGAAUCCGAAAACAAUAUGGCCAACUACAACACUCGGUACAUCGCCGGUGCAUCGUUCAAAGAAAACAACUCCAUUACUGCCUGGUUCAGUAACCAACCUUUCCACGGCGCCCCAUUGGCAUUACAAUUGGUGAUGAACGCCAUUUUACAAUCUGAAGUAACGCCUAAUAACUCCAUUUCGGUACUUAAUUGGCCAUUACCGCAAACCAUUAGUACACAGUUCUCCUCUCUGUACUCUCGCGGCAAUAUGGGAUUUCAAAUAUCGUUCAACCUGGGUUUUGGAAUGGCUUUCGUCUCGGCGUUUUACAUAUUGUUCUACAUUCGUGAGCGAUCCGCUAAGUUCAAGCACUUGCAGUUUGUCUCUGGUGCGAAUGUCUCAUCCUUUUGGAUUCCGUCAUUUAUAUGCGAUGUUAUUACCUUUAUUUUUACAUCGCUAUGUAUCAUUGUGACGUUAGCCAUAUUUCAGAAGGAAGGAUUUAGUUCCGCAGAAGACCUGUCUCGAGUUUUCGCCUUGCUCCUUGCUUUCGGUUUUGGCAGCUUACCAUUAACAUACCUCGCAUCAUUCCUGUUUGACGUACCAACUUCGGGGUAUACAAGGCUCAGCUUAUUCAAUAUAAUUUUUGGCUGUGGUUGUUUCAUGAUAGUUGAAAUUCUCAAAAUACAAGCGUUUAAAUUAACAGACAUCGCAGAGACUUUACACCAGAUAUUUCUUAUUAUGCCUCACUACUGCCUGAGUUCUGGCUUAAGGGAUAUGAGCGUACUUCACACAAGUCGAAAAUUAUGUCAAACGGCAACCGAUGUGUGUACCAACUUUUCGCAUGGUAUUAUACCGUUCCUGCCCAAUAUUACAAUUCCACCUCAAAUAUGCGGCAUUUUAGUGUGUCUACAGUUCAAAGAAUGCUGUGAAACAACCACCUACUUUGCAAUGAAGAGCCCGGGCGUUGGUCAACACUUGCUGUACUCCUGUUCAUUCGGAAUCAUCUGUUUUAUCCUCUUGUUUGCCAUAGAAUAUGGCUUUUUCGAAGCUCUUGGCAACCUAUGCCGACGUCGUCACAAAAACUCACACUCGCCCAUUCCUGCGAAUAUCACCGAGGACGACGAUGUAUCUGAAGAACAAAGAGCGGUAGCGUACAAUGUCAGCAUCGGAAACAUGAAUAAGUAUAAUCUGGUUAUGCACCGACUGUCCAAAAGUUACAAAGACUUGGUUGCCGUUGAUGAUAUAUCAUUGGGUAUAAACAAAUGCGAAUGCUUCGGUUUACUGGGAGUGAAUGGCGCUGGAAAGACCACGACUUUUAAAAUGGUAACUGGCGACAUUAAAAUGACUUCGGGAGAUGUAUGGGUCAACGGUUGGAGUGUCAGAAGGAAUCUUAAGGAAGUGUACCAGGUAAUUGGGUAUUGUCCACAGUUUGAUGCGUUGCUUGAUGAUCUUACCUGCCGAGAGACCCUAACAAUUUUCGGCCUGCUACGCGGAAUCAAAAAAAGACAAUGUAGUGAUCUUGCCGAACACUUGGCGGAAGAAUUUGACUUUUUCCGACAUUUAGAUAAAAAAGUAAAAGAACUGAGCGGUGGCAAUAAACGGAAACUAAGCACCGCAUUGGCACUAGUCGGAGACCCUCUGGUACUAUACCUCGACGAACCAACUGCCGGUGUAGAUCCCGCCACCAAGCGCUACCUUUGGAAUGCGCUGUGUAAAAUUAGAGACAGAGGGAAGACGAUUGUGUUGACAUCGCACAGCAUGGAGGAAUGCGAGGCUCUCUGCACUCGAAUGGCGAUUAUGGUAAAUGGCAGGAUCAAGUGUUUGGGCUCAACGCAACAUUUGAAAAGUAAAUUCUCCGACGGUUACACUUUAACAUUGAAAGUUAAGCAGUUAGACAACGAAGAGUUGCGACAAGCGGCGAUCGAACAAAUAGAAAAUUUUAUCAAACAAAACUUCCCCGAAACUAUUUUGAGGGAAAAACACCAGGAAUUGUUGACAUUUUAUAUUACCGAUAAGUCGCGUCCAUGGUCAAAGAUGUUUGGUAUAAUGGAACGCGCAAAAACUGCUUUUGACAUCGAAGAUUACUCGUUAGGCCAAUGUACAUUGGAGCAAGUGUUUCUUACAUUUGCAAAAUAUCAAAGAGAAGAAUAACCAUACAAUUCUGUUUGUACCUGACCUCUCCUUUAUUUGUUGACUGUUUUAUUUCAGAAGUCGAAAUUUCGACAAUAAUAAAUCUUA